AUGGCUUCUAACGUUCAAGAGAUGGAGAUAUCGGAGCAGAAGAUCCCUCGCAUCACCUAUGCCGACGAUGUGGAAGACCGUCCUCGCACUGCCGCGAGACCCUCGCGUCGCAUGUCUACGGACUCGAUGUCGAUCCGUUCGAUGUCCCGUCAAAGAUCUGUUGACCCGUCGCUGGUUCUACCACCGGCGUUCAGAACUCUUUCAUUUGAUGUCGAGCAGAGCAAAGCAAGAAACGAUGCGCCAGUCAAGAGCGCACUGAAGGGAGCAGACAAAGACUCCGACUUCAGCACUUACGACCUCCACACCAUCCCGAUCGAAGAAGUCUUUGAGCGAUUCUCAAGUUCGCCUACCAGUGGUCUCGGCGUAGAUCAAGCCAUGGUCCUAUUAAGAGAUAUCGGCCUCAAUAAGCUUACCGCACCACCAUCCAAUUGGCUCAAGAAGACUGUGACCUACCUUUUCGGAGGCUUCGGCUCUAUUUUGUUCGUCGCAGCCAUCAUGGUGUUCGUCGCAUGGAAGCCUCUUGGUGACCCUCCGGCACUUGCCAACCUGGCGCUUGCCAUUGUUUUGGUACUUGUAUGGCUCAUCCAGGCAGCUUUCAGUUUCUGGCAAGACUUUUCGAGUGGUCGUGUCAUGGCAUCGAUCAACACUAUGCUGCCUGAUCAAGCAAUGGUCCUGAGAGAAGGCAAUUGGACAAGUGUUGAGGGUACCAAGCUUGUUCCUGGAGAUGUGAUCAAGAUUACCAUGGGCAACAAGGUCCCAGCAGAUGUGAGAUUCUUUGAUGUCUCCUCGGAUGCUCGUCUGGAUCGCUCCAUCUUGACUGGUGAGGUCAAGCCUUUGGUUGCGACCGUCAAGUCUACAGAUGCCAACUUCUUGGAAACUGCAAACAUCGGUCUUGCUGGAACGAACUGUACCACUGGUACAUUGUACGGUGUCAUUAUCAGCACAGGUGACCACACUGUUUUCGGAAAGACCGCAAGACUUACCAGCCACGCCAAACAAGGCAUGACCCCACUCCAGAAAGAAAUUCUCAUCUUCGUCGGUAUCAUCACCGCUUUGAUGAUUUCCAUGAUCAUCCUUGUCAUCAUUGUCUGGGCUGCCUGGCUUCGCAAGGACUACCCCGACUGGAUCAACGUACCCACUCUGAUUGUCGACUGUGUGUCAAUUGCAGUCGCUUUCAUCCCAGAGGGUCUGCCAAUCGCUGUCACCGCUAGUUUGACUAUCACUGCCGGCAUCAUGAAGAAGAACAAGAUCUUGGCAAAGUCCCUCAAGACGGUCGAGACUCUCGGAGCUGUGAACGUCAUCUGCUCAGACAAGACUGGAACGAUCACAAAGAACGAGAUGACCGUCACCGAUUUCUGCAUCGGCUACCACCCUCACCCGGUAUCCAAGGCCGCUAACCUGGUUGAUUCAUCGCCAACAAUGGCUCGAUUGGCCAUGCUGAGUGGUGUUUGCAACGCCGGCGAGUUUGACGCCAGUACCAGAGACAAGCCGAUUGCUGAACGAAAAGUUCAUGGCGACGCAACUGACAGAGCAGUGUUGAUGUUCGCUGAAGGUAUCAUGCCCACAGCACGCCUGCGCAGCCUGUGGCGUACGGUCCACCGUAUCGACUUCAACUCUAAGAAUAAGUUCAUGGUUAAUGUCUGCCAAAACGACAACGACCCACAACAAGGUAUCCUUCUGACCAUCAAAGGAGCUCCUGAUGUCCUUAUCGGCAAGUGCUCCACAUACAUGGACCAGAAUGGCGACAUUCAGGAGCUUGGCAACGAAGGUCGUUCGGUCAUCGAGACUAUCAAGAACAGGUGGUCAUCCCAAGGCAAACGUGUACUCUUGCUUGCUCAAAAGCCAUUGAGUCAAGUCAAGCUUAACCCGAAGGAGCAGCCACAAGUCUAUGAGGAAUACAUCAUGGGCAACGUCACCUCUGGUAUGACUCUGGUUGGACUUGUCGCCAUUGUUGAUCCCCCCAGACCAGAAAUGACCGAGGUUGUCAGAACUUUGAAGGGUGCCGGUAUUCGCAUCUUCAUGGUCACUGGUGACUUCAAGCUCACCGCCAAAGCCAUCGCCGCCGAGUGUGGCAUCAUUAGCCAGGAGGCCGACGAUGUUCAUGCUCUGGACUACGAUAGCAGCUUGCACGAGUCUGACCACUCCAAGGAAGCGCAUGCCACAUUCAGCGGAUCCACAAAAUCUAUUGUGGUCAGUGGAUCGGAGAUUCGCAACCUGGAGGACGAUCAAUGGGACCGCCUUUGCCAGUACCAAGAGGCCGUAUUUGCUCGUUGUAUUCCUGAGGAUAAGCUUAUCAUCGUUAAGAACUUGCAGCGUAGAGGCUUGAUCACCGCCAUGACCGGUGACGGUGUCAACGAUGCACCAUCGCUCAAGGCCGCAGAUGUCGGUAUUGCCAUGGGCUCAGGUUCGACCAUUGCCAUUGAAGCAGCCGACCUUGUCCUUCUGGACUCAUUUGCUGCCAUCGUAGAGGCCGUCAAGUAUGGUCGUGUGGCUUACGACAACCUCCGCAAGACAAUCUCCUACCUUCUGCCUGCAGGUUCCUUCUCCGAGUUCUGGCCAGUCCUUACGAACGUGGUCUUUGGUCUGCCCCAAAUUCUCUCGUCGUUCCUCAUGAUCAUCAUUUGCUGCUUUACAGAUUGCGCUGCUGGAGUUGCUCUUGCAUACGAGGCCCCCGAAGCUGACGUUCUGAGUCGCCCUCCUCGUUCCAAGAAGGACAGACUGGUUGAUUGGAAGCUUAUCCUCCACUCGUAUGGCUUCAUCGGUCUGUUCGAGACUGUGCUCUCCUUCGCAGUGAGUUAUUGGUACGCUCAACGUAAGGGAUUGUACUUCUCAGAUCUCUGGUUCGGCUUCGGCAAGACACCUGACGGCAUGAGCGAUGACACCAAGAACGAUAUCCUCAACGUCGCGUCGUCAAUCUAUUUCGUGAACUUGGUCGUAAUGCAAUGGUUCAACCUGAUGAGUGUACGCACCCGUCGCCUGUCGCUUAUCAAUCACGCCCCCUGGAGGAACCCAUACCUCUUGCCUGCCAUCAUUUUCGCAAUGGUCAUCGCCAUCUUCUUCCUUUAUGUGCCCAAGUUCCACAGCGUUCUUAGCACAGCGAUAGUACCAGUCGAAUAUUGGUUCCUGCCCUUCGGCUUCGGAAUGGGCUUACUGCUGUUUGAUGAGACAAGGAAGUUCCUUGUCAGGAAGUUCCCGAGAAGCAUCAUUGCCAAGAUGGCGUGGUAG